AUGUUCUGCAGAGAAUGGCGAUCCGCACUAGUGGUCAAAGCUUUGGGAAGGUCGGUCUCGUAUACGCUAAUGGCAAAACGCCUGUUUGGACUCUGGGCAAAAGCGGGAACAAUCCAAGUUACCUCAGUGAAGAAUGGGUAUUUUCUCGUGAGAUUUACGAGUGGGAUUGAUUACGAAAGGGCAGUAACGGGUGGUCCCUGGUUGGUGGGUGAUAACUACCUAACGGUACACCCUUGGUCUGAGGAUUUCAAUCCUUAUGAGCAUGAGAUUUCAUCGACGUUGGUCUGGGCACGUUUGUUAGAUCUCCCGAUUCAUUAUUUUCACCAAGUUGCAGUGAUGAAGAUUGGGAGUCGUAUUGGGAAGCCAAUCCGAGUCGAUCAAGCAACAAGUACUGGAUCUAGGAGUGACUAUGCGCGCGUUUGUGUUCAAGUUGACAUUACGCGACCGUUACUGUCGCAGUUUACGAUUAAAGGGAAGAAGUACUUUAUACAGUACGAAGGCCUCGAGAAAAUCUGUCUUAAGUGCGGCACCUAUUCCGAACGAAAUAGAUGCGCCUGCCAGUGCCCACCGGAGACGAGUGAGCCAGAGGUGAUGGUCGAAGAGGAAGCCCAGGUGUCAGAAGUCCCGGAAGCUUUGUAUGGGGAGUGGAUGAUAGCGAAGAGAAGGUCGCGUACCCGGAAAGAGCCAACUGCUGGCAACGGGGUUUCGAGUAAGGGACGGGGAGUGGGUCACCAUCGACCUAGCAAUAAACCCGAAGGAUCGCGUUUUACAGCCCUGGACACUGAGGAAGUAAUGGAGACGGUGGAGACCCAAGAUCAGGAAAGUAACACACAAACAACUAGCACACCGUUAGUCCAUGUGGAAGGGAGCAAAGCCACGCCUAGAGAGAUACCGAAUAAGAAGAAGCAAGGAAAUAAAGAGAAAGUCUCGAACGAGAGUACUCAGAGACGACCUGAAGCUGUGGACCGCACGGUGCAGGAUAUUUCCCGAGCGGGAGGAGGAAAUCUGAGAGGGGCAACAGCGAAGCCGGCCGAACCAGUUGAAGAAAGUCCAUGCCGAACCGCUGCGGUAGCAGGUCAGGGAGAAAUGGCGGUGGGUGACAUUUUUAUGGCGGAGGCCGUGGAUAAGGGUUUGGGCCCGGUUCUGGUGAGUAGGGGAACCGGACAACAACCCAAGCCCCCGGACCCUCCUCGUUUUCAAACAGGAGGAAAGGUGGCGACAUUACCCGAGAUGCUGUCUAGUGAGAUAUUGGCGGGGGACCUCAGAGAUGGGGUGCUUCCUCCUUCUUCGUAA